AAACAAACCACUCUUCGCUUCGACUCCCACUCCCACUCUCCCUUUCCACUCUCAGGCUCCCACUCCCCCCCUACCGGCUACCCUACCCAUCACACACAAACAGCCACUCCUCACCUCCCCCGUCCUCCGGUUCAUGUCCUGCUGCUCCCCAUGUCGCCCCCACUCGACCUCGACUACAUAGGCCUCUCGCCGGCGGCGGCUGCCGCCGCUGCCCACGACGACCUGAAGGGUACCGAGCUCCGCCUUGGUCUGCCGGGGUCCGGUUCGCCGGACCGCCGUGUUGUGGCUGCCACCGCAACCACCCUGGACCUGCUCCCGGCUAAGGGCGCCAAGCGCGGGUUUUCUGACGAGGCGCCGACGCCAUCGCCCGGUGCAGCUUCCGGGAAGGGAAAGAAGGUAGCGGAAGAGGAGGACGACAAGAAGGUUGCAGCGACGCCGCAGCCGGUCGCAAAAGCUCAGGUGGUGGGAUGGCCACCAAUCCGAAGCUACCGCAAGAACACGAUGUCUACCACCCAGCUGAAGGGCAGCAAGGAGGAUGCUGAGGCCAAGCAGGACCAGGGGUUCCUGUACGUCAAGGUCAGCAUGGAUGGCGCGCCGUACCUCAGGAAGAUUGACCUCAAGACUUACAAGAACUACAAGGACCUGUCGACUGCGCUUGAGAAGAUGUUCAGUGGCUUCAGUACUGGCAAGGAUGGCUUAUCUGAGUACCGCAAGGAUGGUGAAUAUGUUCUGACUUACGAGGACAAGGAUGGAGAUUGGAUGCUUGUUGGCGAUGUACCAUGGGAGAUGUUCGCUGACUCUUGCCGCAGGCUCAGGAUCAUGAAAGGAUCAGAUGCAAUUGGACUUGCUCCAAGGGCAGCUGAUAAGUCCAAGAAUCGCAACUAGAAUGGUUGCUUCUUACAGUCCAGAGCAAGAGGGAGAUAUCCAGUGACUGUAGGGAUCUUUGUGGAAGCCGGAAAACGUCUAACAGUUUCAAGAAGAAUUCUGCCUUAUGGUCUGUACCACAUGUUUUUGCUGCUACGCAAGUAAAGAACUCCACGUCUGUCAAUGUUAGUUUUACAACAUCGUCUACGGACAAAAAAAAAACCCCCCGCUAUUUGAUUGUUGCUAAGCCUUCGUACGACGUGUAAAUGGUUUGGUACAAUGAGUGCUGCGACUACGAUUGAGCACCCCUCUACCUAGUUUGCAAAAAAACAGUGUCCCAUGGACUGUCUGUUGUCCCUCUAUAUAAAUGUCCAAUGAAGCUUGCUAAUGUGUG